UUAGGAGCACUCCGCAUUCACUCUCUAGAGGAAUCCCUAGCCCUUGCAGCUUUUCCUCAUGAGGGUACUUUAAACCCCCUCUCCAUUUGUACCAUCAAAACAAGGAAACCUGCACCUCCCUAAAACCCUCUUUCUCACUUUCUCUUUCCUCUUUUCACACCAACAAGAAAGGAUCUCACUCAGAAAAAUGUUCCUUCACCCGUUCCACUUCUGUUCCGACCCCAUCAUCAUCAUCAUCAUCCACACAACCCUAUCCCUAUUCCCAUAGCUUCCGUCGUAUUAUUUCACAAGCGGUUUCUUUUCGUUAGAGAGAGAUGGAGUUCGGAGGGAACAUGUUCCGCCUCGGCAACAGAGACCAAAAUGGAAACACUAACAACAACGGUAACGCUUUCGCUUGGGAUUCAUGGGAAAACCCCACUAAUAGUAAUAAUAAUAAUAAUAACAAUAAUAACAGUUCUAGACUGGUCAACGCUUUUCACAUCCCCAUCGCCUCUGGGAUUCCGUCGAUGGAUGAUGGAUCCGUCCACGUGAUCCGUCAUGAGACGGCAGGACUGGCCAGCGCCGUCAUGUUUCUUCCUCAAAACGGCGGGGUUUUGGGUCACCGCCAGCAGCAGCAUCCGUACGGCGGGGAUGGGUCCCACGUGCACCCGGACCCGCACCUCAUGUCCUUGAAGCUAGGGAAGAGGCAUUACUUUGAGGACACUAGUGGGAGUGGAAGUGUUGUUGGUGCUGCUACUUUUGGUGGAGGGUUGGUGUUCGGGGAUAAGAGAGGGAAAGGGUACUCCUCCGGCGGUGGUGCGGGGGUGAAGGCGGCGGGGUUUGCGGCGGCGACGGUGCCGAGGUGUCAGGUGGAAGGGUGCCACGUGGCACUGCUCAACGCGAAGGACUACCAUCGGAGGCACAAGGUGUGUGAGAUGCACUCUAAAGCUCCUAAAGUCGUGGUCUUAGGCAUGGAACAAAGGUUCUGCCAACAGUGUAGCAGGUUUCACGUGGUGUCAGAGUUUGAUGAUUCAAAGAGGAGUUGUAGGAGGAGACUAGCAGGUCACAACGAGAGAAGAAGAAAGAGCUCCCAUGAUUCUGUUGCAAGGAAUUCUUCACAAGAGUAA